AUGGGGGGAGACUUCUUCAGGAACCCUCCAGGCAGGUACUUGGGCUACUGUCACGUAGUCGGAAGAGCCCUACCAGACGAUAUUGUCUCUCCAACUACCAAAAGGUUCCUGCGCACAACAACGUUCGCAUACAUGGCAUUUGACACUGUGUACAAGACGAUCGACAACAGAAGGUUCAACCCCAUCCUGAAGGCUGCUGACGCACUGAUCUGGCAGAGUUUGGCUACAAUCCUGAUUCCUGGCUUUGUGGUCGAGUUGGCUGCGAAAGGAUCAGGAAUGUUGGUGCAUCAUUUACAGGUCUCCAAGCCCAUGAGUCGCUACAUUCCCUUAGGGAUGGUGCUGAUGGCCAUGCCGAUAUUCGGGGAUAGCAUAGAUCGCACGGUAGACCUUGUGUUGGACAACACUACCAGACCUCUCAUACUGCGGUAG